UACUACCCACACUAUUUUCAAAGCAUUAAUAAAGUCAUUUUUCAAUUGUGAAAAUAAUGUAGAAGAAACCGCGACAAACAUAAGAAGAAAACACCUUCAUCGAUCCUAAUAAGCUGCUAAUUGAUUUUACAUCUUUCUCAGCUCACCACUGUCACACCAACCAAACAUCCUCAAAAUUUUCAAAUGUUCCUAAGGCACUGCAAAUCCGAGUCACCAUUCACCUCCAUUCUUCCUUCAAAUGUCAUCCUCCGCCGCCUCUUCAGCUUCAAUCCAAACGACGACGUACACAGAGUUUACACUCUCCUCACAACCACCUCUUCCCCCGAAGACCUCAAACAAUCCCUACAAUCAACCGGCAUUUUCCUCUCAAACGAAUUAAUCGAUCAAGUUCUCAAAAGGGUUCGCUUUGGCCACGCAAACCCCUCUCAAACCCUUGAAUUUUUCCGUUACACCGGAAGAAGAAAAGGGUUUUACCAUACCGCUUUUUCCCUCGACACCAUGCUCUAUAUCCUCGGUAGAAGCCGCAUGUUCGAUAACGUUUGGGAUCUUUUAAUCGAAACGAAGCGAAAAGAUCAAACUGUUAUAACCCCUCGAACUGUUAUGAUUGUUUUGGGCAGAGUUGCUAAAGUUUGCUCCGUUAGACAAACUGUUGAAUCGUUUAGAAAGUUCAAGAAGAUUGUUCCGGAUUACGGUACUAAUUGUUUCAAUGCAUUGUUGAGAACGCUAUGUCAAGAGAAAAGUAUGACGGAUGCGAGAAAUGUUUAUCAUAGUUUGAAGCAUAGUUUUCACCCAAAUUUGCAAACUUUUAACAUUCUUCUUUCUGGGUGGAAGACUUCUGAGGAUGCUGAGUUGUUUCUCAAUGAGAUGAAGGAAAUGGGGGUUACACCUGAUGUUGUUACGUAUAAUAGUUUGGUGGAUGUUUAUUGCAAAGGGAGGGAAAUUGAGAAGGCUUAUAAGGUGCUUGAUGAAAUGCGUGAACGGGAUUUGUCGCCGGAUGUGAUUACUUAUACAAGUAUUAUUGGUGGGUUGGGGUUGAUUGGUCAGCCGGAUAAAGGUAGAGAUGUUUUGAAGGAAAUGAAGGAGUAUGGUGUUUACCCUGAUGUUCCAGCAUAUAAUGCUGCUAUUAGGAACUUUUGCAUUGCAAAGAGGCUUGGUAAUGCUUAUGAAUUGGUGGAUGAGAUGACGAACAAAGGUUUAAAUCCUAAUGCAACUACUUAUAACUUGUUCUUCCGGAUUUUUUACUGGUCUAAUGAUUUAGAGAGUUCGUGGAACUUAUACAAGAGGAUGAUGGUUGAAGGGUGCCAUCCGAAUACGCAGUCUUGUAUGUUCUUGAUACGGUUGUUUAAGAGGCAUGAAAAGGUGGAGAUGGCGUUGCAGUUAUGGGGUGACAUGGUGGAGAAGGGUUUUGGGUCGUGUACCUUGGUUUCUGAUGUGCUGUUUGACAUGCUUUGUGAUAUGGGGAAGUUGUUGGAGGCAGAGAAAUGUUUCUUGGAAAUGAUUGAGAAGGGGCAGAAGCCAAGCAAUGUUUCAUUUAAGAGAAUCAAGGUUCUUAUGGAAUUAGCAAAUAGACAUGAGGCCAUUGAGAACUUGGCGCAGAAAAUGGGCGUGUUUGGGCGACCAACACAAGUUCGCGAAAGAGUUAUGACACCAGUAGCGGAAAUGGGGGGAUUGGACGUCUAACCAAAUAUCUUAAAUGAGCCAAACCAUGUCAGCCAAAUAGAUUGGAUCUACAACGUACGAGUUCAAAGGGAAGGGUGAGGACAGACACAAGACAUAAAGAGACGUUUCUACUUCAUUUCUGAUAUUUUCUGGCAUUGCUUUUUCCGUUCGAAUUGUUUCAGAAGGUCUUUAAACAUUGUAUGAGCUCUAUCAUGCUUUCGACAACACGUUGAACCAAGUCAGUUGAUAUAAUAAAAGAAAAUUUCUCUUUUGAAGACUCAGUUAUCCUUUCUUGGAAACAAUAUAAUGUAAAGAAUGUUGCUAUAUGGUCAUACAACCUGCAAAAUUUCAGUGACUUGUAGUAUCAUUUAAACUUUCUCUG